AUGUCACAAAAAUGCGGACUCGACAGUUCGCAACACAGCCAACAGCGGAUCGCCGCGGAGGCAGAGUCAAUGGAAGCUCGUCGCAAGAUCCAGCAAAGCGAUAGGUUGGAUCUCCUUCUCACCACAACAGCUCGUGCUCGCUACAACUUCUCUCUUCAGUUCGCACGACGUGAAACAAUUCCGAACAGGAGCUCUGGACGCAGCAGCUCACGGUUCAAGUCACGACACAGCACGAUCCGCAACACAAUCCCACAGCUCGCUCAGUCCGACAAACUCAUGAGCUCGUUCCAAGAAGAACCCGCAGCUCGCUCCAAGAAGCACCCACAGCUCGCUCGGAAGAAGAAACCAGAUCUGAAGAGCCGUAAUAGCUCGAGAUUCGAUAGCUCGAGCGUAGGAGACAAGUAUCAGCUUGCUUUGCAAAAAGAAGCUCCACGGUUCGCAGGGAAGAUACCUAUGGGAUUUGACCAACGCCAACACGAGCUGAAAACAGAGCUCGUCACGACGAGCCACGACCUGAGUUCGUCACGUCGCAAACAAGGUUGGAAACGACGAACCAUGGCACCGCAAAAGACGGGCUUGCGUCAAAGCAGGUCACAACACACCCUACUCCCGGAAUGCCACAGAUUGCGGCAAAUAUUGACUGCGAGCCACAGCUCGCGAUACGCCAAUUUAUCCAAGCCAUUUCGAGAUGACAUUACUCUUCAGCUCAUCAUUCUUAACCUUAAGACUAAUGAGCUGGGGGCUAACUGUUGGGGUCGGAAUACUCCCGUCGAGCUCAACGAUUGUGACCCGCGGAGAGCCGUAAACUUGGCGAGCUAA